CAACACUCAGAUGCCAUCUUUAUUUUUUGCUAGGAGGAUUGUGGGAUAUCAAAGGCAGCAUUGGAUACAGCUAUGCUGCCUUCAAAAAUCAACCAGAUGAAGGCCUCUCAAGAAACAGGAAGUGAAGCUAACACUGGAUUCAGAUGUGCCUUGGUGCCUUCCUACCUUGAAAUGUGUCCUCCGAAUGCAGCAUUUUCCAAUUUUCGGAUGCAGCCACUAUAUAGAACAUACUCUAUUCUCACAAAGUAAUUACUUACUCAACAAAGUACCUACUCAUAAGAGUCACAGCCAGUCACUUUUUCGUUUGUGAAUGAAUUAGGUAUUUUGAACGAAUCACUUCAGUGAAUGAUUCAAUGACUCACUUAAAAUGGCACUUGGCACCACCUACUGAGAGUCACUGAAAUAAAAAUAUAUAGAACAGGUGUUCUUAAACUUUUUGACUCUAACCUCUUUUUAACCAAUGAAUUUGCAUGACUUUUACAGUCAUUCAUGAUUUGUAAAGAUUAGGAAUUUUUUAAAGUAUAUUUUACUUUUGUACCCACUAAAAUAUUUUAUAGCUUGUAAAAAAUGUGAAUUAUGCCCAUAGCAUUUUAAGAUUUUAUUCUUUUACAUGAUUUUUCCAGGUCUAGACAUCGCGGUUUUCCAAGACCAUAAGAAUAUUGGCUCUACAAAGAAAAAAGGGUUGUUGAAUUAAAGUUUUUAAAUUCCUCUUAAGGUGUUCAUCCAGUGUGGCAAUUUGAGGAACCCUAAAUGGUGUUUAAAGUAUCUUCAUUUUAUAUAGAUAUUGCUUAUCUUACAGUGCAGCAUUUUUAUUCAGUGCAACAAACAGGCACAUUUACCUAUCUGUCAUCUAAAUAGGAAGAACUGAAGGGUGUGGCCCAGGAACAUCCGUGCAAAACUGGGAACUGCUUCUCAGUGACAGAACCAUUAUCAUUUCACACUUUUUUGCUACAACAGAAAACAACUAAAUGGAAGGGCUCCUGGAUUCAGAAGAGUUUUGCUGUUCUAUUUGCCUGGAUUUGCUGAAAGAUCCAGUGGCCAUUCCAUGUGGGCACAGUUACUGCAUGGAAUGCAUUAAUGAUUAUUGGAAGAAAAAUGAUAAUUUAGGGGUCUUCAGCUGUCCUCAGUGCACAGAGACGUUUAGCCCUAGGCCUGUUUUGAACAGAAAUACCAUACUGGGAGAUAUGGUGGACAAGCUGAAGAAACUGGAACUUCUGGGAAACUCUCACAUUUAUGACAACUGCAUACCAGGUGAUAUGACCUGUGACUUCUGUACAAGUAUCAAACAAAAAGCUGUGAAGAGUUGUUUGGUUUGUUUGGCAUCUUACUGUCAAAACCACCUUCAAGCACACUACAAGUCUCCUGCUUUGAAGAAACACAAGCUGAUCGAAGCCUCCGUGAACCUGCAGGAGAAGAUCUGUCCUCAUCAUGACAAAUAUUUGGAGAUAUAUUGUCGAACUGAUCAACAAUGCAUAUGUCUUUUGUGUGUGAUGGAUGACCAUAAAGGUCACGAUACAGUACCAGCAGAUGUGGAAAGCACAAAGAAACAGAAAGAAUUAGGCAUGACACGCCAGAAAUACAAGCUCAAAAUCCAUGCUAAAGAGAAGGACCUACUGGAGCUUAAACAGGCUGUAGAUGCCCUCAAAGUCUCUGCACAGACUGCUAUGGAAAAUGGUGAACAGAUCUUCACUGAGUUAAUGCAGUCUAUUGAAAGGAGGAGGAGUAAAUUCAGAGAUCUGAUCAGAGAUCAAGAGAGAGCUGCGGAGAGUAUGUUGCAGACACUGGAGCAAGAAAUCACAGAGCUGAAACAAAGAGAUCAUGAGCUUGAGAUGCUUCUGAAGUCUGAAGAUCAUGUUCAUGUUCUUCAGAACUGUCAUUCCUUCUCUUCUGGCCUUCCUGACCCACCCUUCACAAUAGCUACACUCUCAGAUUUUGGCAAGGUGAAUGAUGCAGUAUCUGCUCUAAAGAAGAGGCUUGAAGAUGUCUUUAAAGGGGAAUGGCUCAGGAUCUAUCAAGCAGCAAGAUCAAUGAAGAUCCUUCAUUGCACAGUGCCCAAAAUUAGAUCAGAGUUCCUGCACCAUUCCUGCCCACUGCAACUAAAUCCUUUAACAGCCCACAAAGACCUUUGUUUGUCCAAGGGAAACAGAGAAGUGGCCGUUCAUAGCCGAGUGCAGUCCCGUCCCGACCACCCGGAGCGCUUUGAUUACUGGUGCCAGGUACUGGGCACGGAGGGCCUGACAGGCUGCAGCUACUGGGAGGUGGAAUGGAGUGGGAUGGGAGUAAACAUUGCAGUCGCAUACAAAAACAUUGCCAGGAAAGGGGAAAGCAGUGAAGCCCACUUCGGUCACAAUGACAAAUCCUGGAGUUUGUUCUGCUGCAGAAAAGGUUAUGCUUUCUGGCACAAUGGGAUUGUCAGUAAGAUCUCAGAGCCUGGCUCGUCAAAGAUAGGCAUUUAUCUGGAUCACAGGGCCGGGACACUAGUGUUUUAUAGCAUUGAUGACUCAAUGACCCUCCUCCACAGAGUUCACACCACGUUCACACAGCCUCUCUACCCUGGCUUUGAGUUUUCAUGCUAUGAUGCUUCAAUCAAGUUGUGUCAGUUGGAGUAAGGGAAAAAGGGUAGGCCAAUUUGGCAUUGGUAAUUAAAGAAUGGGAAAAAUAAUGAUAAUAAAGAUAAAAAAUAAAGAUAUAAGAUAUAAAAUAUACAAUACAGUAGUAAAGUAAUAAUAAAGAAAUAUAGUAAUAUUUGUACAAUUAUAGUGGGUUUGCUUCUCCCACUGUUAUUCUAGUAUCACUGAGAUGCAAUAUUUUGUUAAUAUUUUGAAUUACAUUUUAUUUUAUAGUCUGUGCUUUCAUGUUAAUUUUAGUUUAAGUUUUAGUAACUUUGUUGUGUGUUUUUAUCAUUUUUAUUCAUUUUUUUAUGUCUUCAUAGUUUUUCUGAAUUUUUAUUUCAGUUCAAGUUUCAGUACAUCAAAUUAAACUAAUUUAAAAUUUGAAA